AGGGUGAGGGGCUGGGGGUAAGCGGUUCUACAAUCCUGCUGUUUGUACCCCCCAGAUUUGCUGUAGGGGUUGAGACCCUAAGCAGGGAAGGAGAUGUGUUUUCUGGAACUGGAGGAGAGCCUCAGCUGCCUUCAGGGGAAAUACCUCAUGCUGACACUUGUAUCCAGCGGCUCCGGCCGUGCCUGCCGCCUCUUUCCUCCGCGCGAAUGGGAUGCCGGCUAAACGUGAUGUUGUAAAAUCCGCGUGAGGACGAAAGGCAGAUGCACUGAUUUGAAAGUCUGGUCUUUGGAGGAAAACCAGAUUUUGCCUACUGGAAGAAUGCAUUGAAACUGCCAGUAUUUCUAGCUGGAAUUAUAAAUUUAAUACUUUAGUGUUACUAGUUUCUUAGUAAAUAGUACCUCAAAGUAGAAGAAAAAUGUAUGGAAGUGCAAGAACAAUCAGUAACUUGGAAGGAAGUCCCUCCAGGUCUCCCCGCUUGCCAAGGUCCCCUCGCCUGGGUCACAGGCGAACCAGCAGCGGGGGAGGAGGAGGGACAGGGAAGACGUUAUCCAUGGAGAACAUCCAGUCCCUUAACGCCGCCUAUGCAACAUCUGGACCAAUGUACCUGAGUGACCACGAGGGUGUAGCUUCUACUACUUUCCCGAAGGGCACAAUGACUCUUGGAAGGGCUACAAACCGAGCUGUGUAUGGUGGCCGGGUCACGGCCAUGGGGAGCAGCCCCAAUAUUGCUUCUGCUGGACUGUCGCAUACGGAUGUCCUUUCUUACACUGACCAGCACGGAGGGCUGACCACGUCCUCGCACCACCACCACCACCAGGUUCCUUCCAUGCUGAGACAGGUUAGAGAUAGCGCCGUGUUAGAUCUGCAGGCUCAGCUUAAGGAUCUACAGAGGGAGAAUGACCUUCUCAGAAAAGAGCUAGACAUUAAGGACAGCAAGCUGGGGUCCUCUAUGAACAGCAUCAAAACUUUCUGGAGUCCUGAGCUGAAGAAAGAGAGAGUACUGAGGAAAGAAGAAGCAGCCAGAAUGUCAGUUCUUAAAGAACAGAUGAGAGUUUCCCAUGAAGAAAAUCAGCACCUGCAAAUGACAAUCCAGGCACUUCAAGAUGAGCUUAGAACCCAGAGAGACCUUAACCAUCUUCUCCAGCAAGAGAGUGGGAACAGAGGGGCUGAGCAUUUUACCAUUGAGCUCACAGAGGAGAAUUUUCGAAGACUUCAGGCAGAGCAUGACAGACAAGCUAAAGAGCUCUUCCUGUUGCGCAAAACUCUAGAAGAAAUGGAGCUCAGGAUUGAAACACAGAAGCAAACGCUAAAUGCCAGAGAUGAAUCAAUAAAAAAGCUUUUAGAGAUGUUGCAAAGUAAAGGUUUGCCUUCUAAAGGAAUGGAAGAUGACAAUGAGAGAACUCGAAGGAUGGCGGAGGCUGAAUCUCAGGUUAAUCAUUUAGAAGUGAUUUUAGAUCAGAAGGAGAAGGAAAACAUGCAUCUUAGAGAGGAACUGCACAGAAGAACCCAACUUCAGCCUGAGCCAGCAAAGACGAAGGCUCUGCAAACAGUCAUCGAAAUGAAGGAUACAAAAAUAGCUUCACUUGAGCGCAAUAUAAGAGAUCUUGAAGAUGAAAUACAGAUGUUAAAGACAAAUGGAGUUCUGAAUACAGAGGACCGAGAAGAAGAAAUCAAACAAAUAGAAGUUUACAAGAGUCACUCGAAGUUCAUGAAAAAUAAGAUUGAUCAACUGAAACAAGAACUCUCGAAGAAAGAAUCAGAACUUCUUGCCUUACAAACUAAGCUUGAAACCCUUAGCAAUCAGAAUUCAGAUUGCAAGCAACACAUUGAAGUGCUUAAAGAGUCCCUUACUGCCAAAGAACAGAGAGCUGCCAUACUUCAGACAGAGGUUGAUGCCUUGCGGUUACGAUUGGAAGAAAAAGAAACCUUUCUGAAUAAAAAAACAAAACAACUUCAAGACCUCACAGAAGAGAAAGGAACCCUUGCUGGAGAAAUUCGAGAUAUGAAAGACAUGUUGGAAGUAAAAGAAAGAAAAAUUAAUGUCCUUCAGAAAAAGAUUGAAAAUCUGCAGGAGCAACUUAGGGACAAAGACAAGCAACUAACUAAUCUAAAAGACAGAGUGAAGUCGCUGCAGACGGAUUCCAGUAACACAGACACAGCACUAGCAACCUUAGAGGAAGCUCUAUCAGAAAAGGAGAGAAUAAUAGAGCGUCUGAAGGAGCAAAGGGAUCGAGAUGACAGAGAAAGACUUGAAGAAAUUGAAUCAUAUAAAAAAGAAAACAAGGACCUGAAGGAGAAAGUUAAUGCUUUACAAGCUGAACUGACAGAAAAAGAGUCUAGUUUAAUCGAUCUCAAAGAACAUGCAUCUUCAUUGGCAUCAGCAGGGCUGAAAAGAGACUCCAAACUUAAGUCUUUAGAAAUAGCCAUAGAACAAAAGAAAGAAGAGUGUAGUAAGUUGGAAGCACAGUUGAAAAAGCAAGCUGAGCAGUUGUUCAAUCAGAUGUACAAUCCAAUGCCAAUUAGGAAUAAUGGGAAGCAAGGGGCUCAUGAAGCUGAAGAGGAGGCACGAAUGAAUCCAGAAUUUGCAGACAGAAUGAAACAGCUUGACAAGGAGGCAUCGUACUAUAGAGAAGAAUGUGGCAAAGCUCAGGCUGAGGUUGACAGACUUCUAGAAAUACUCAAGGAAGUAGAGAAUGAGAAGAAUGACAAAGAUAAGAAAAUUGCUGAGUUAGAAAGACAUAUGAAGGACCAAAACAAGAAGGUUGCCAAUCUGAAGCACAAUCAGCAAUUGGAGAAAAAGAAGAAUGCACAGCUGUUAGAAGAAGUUCGUAGGAGAGAGGACAAUAUGACUGACAACUCUCAACAUUUACAAGUAGAAGAGCUGAUGAACGCACUGGAAAAGACUAGACAAGAAUUAGAUUCUACCAAAGCCCGUCUUGCCUCAACACAGCAGUCUUUGGCUGAAAAAGAAGCACAUCUGGCUAACCUGAGAAUAGAGCGAAGGAAACAGCUUGAAGAAAUUCUAGAAAUGAAACAGGAAGCUUUGCUUGCUGCAAUUAGUGAAAAAGAUGCAAAUAUUGCCUUGCUUGAGCUGUCUGCUUCAAAGAAAAAGAAGACUCAAGAUGAAGUAAUGGCUCUUAAACGAGAGAAGGACAGAUUAGUACAUCAGUUAAAACAGCAGACACAAAACAGAAUGAAGCUGAUGGCAGAUAACUAUGAUGAUGACCAUCACCACUACCACCAUCAUCAUCACCACCACCACCAUCGAUCUCCUGGGAGGACGCAACACAACCACAGACCCUCUCCAGAUCAGGAUGAUGAGGAGGGAAUAUGGGCAUAGCCGUUCCUAUAAACCAAAGUUCCAGUUUUGUUUUGAGGGUUGUCAGAGGAACUAGUGAAAAAAGGAAGGAAAAAACUGUUAGCACUGGAAGGUAACAAUGAUAAUCUAUUGCAUUGGAUCUCCAAACAUGACCAUGAUAUCCUGGAGAAGAUCACAGAUGCAGAAAAUGAAUGCUAAGGUUGAUAUCUAAAUGCUGCAUUAAUUAGCAUUUUCUCCAUUAUUUCUUGUAGUCUAUUGUGAAAUUAGAUACUUUGGAAAAUAAUGAAGGAGACUCAAGCAGAAAUUAUAAGAGCUUCAUUUCUGUCUUCAAUGGGUCUUGUGAGUUACUCUGUUUUUGCAAAGAAACCAUCUGUCCAGAAUAUAGUUGUUUCAUGAAGUUCAGUUCAACAGUUUAGCUAAUUUUUGGUAAAUUAAUAUUGAUUUUAAUGGGUAAUUCAGAUUCCCUUAGAUGUGGUAUCUGCAUUUGCUGACUUUACCUAGUCUAUUCUAAAGUAUCACUUCUAUUGCACUAGAUUAUCAAAGAGGUAUUAGUAAAAACGCUAUAUAAGGGUGUUGGCAUUAACUUUACCCCAGUUAGAUACAGGCUUUUCCAAAAAAUAAAAACAAGCCUUUACCCUCCUCUGUUUUCUUUUAUCUACUCAUAAAAUAAUAUAAAUUAAAACCAAACCAAAACCAAAUAUUGAUGCUAUAACCGGUAUUAAGCUCUGGGCCAGGUUGGAAAUGAAAUCAAUUUUUGGUACUAAUAACUGAUGACAAAGCUUAGUUUUAUGAAAAUAUGGUGUGUGUCUCUGACAAUGCAUAGGACAUCUAAUUUGAAUAUAAAUAUGUGAUUAUAUACAAGAUGUAUCUAUUCCUGGAUGGUAAAAGCUUGAGUGUAUAUAAAUACGUAUGUGUGUAUAUAUAUGGACAUGUACACAAGGAUGUAUCAAUCUUUUACCAUCCAAAUGCAUACAUGUUUUCAACAAUAAAAGCUGGGACUCUUAAAGAAACAAACAAAAACAAAAAUAAGGAUAAGAUUGCUGUGAAUACAGUACAUGCACUAGGUCUCCUGUAAACGUGGAACUGUUUGUUAUUGUUCUCUACAUUGAAAAACAGUCUCCAACAUGGACCCCAAUGAAUCUUAGAUGUUAAAGAAAAUACCAAUGAACAAACAGCACUUGAAAGCUGUUUGUGUCAAUACAAAAUGUGUCUAGUAAAAUAAAUUUAAAGCACAUGCAAGGAAAAAUAGAAAUGUGAAGUCGUUACAUUCGGUGAGAGACUCUUAACUGAGAGUCAGAUCUCUACCACUUCUCGAGGAGAGGUUCCUUCUGACUCCACAAACAUUUUCAGUCAGUCUGGCAAACGUGCAAAUGUUUGGCUGUUUUGUUGAGGCAUCUUUUUGUCCAUGGAAGAAAUGCUUCCAUGCUGAUGGCAGUGGAAAUAGAAUAUCUGCAUUUUUAAAGGACAAACAAUAAAUUUAAGCAUGGGUGGCCUUAAUCCUUAGUAGUUUUUCUUUGCUGCUGUUAAAAAAAAAAAAAAAAAAAAAAAAAGGAAAAAAAAAAUCUAAAUGGAUACUCCUAAAGUCUUGCACUGAAUUUAGAAACAAUAUUUUUUGAACCUGUGGUGCGAUUAACCCUAAACAUCCUACAUGAGCCAUACAUAGUAAUCCCGUCAAAAUUAUUGUCUAGAGAUGAUAUUUUAUUUAUUUGUACCAUGAUUCUCGGAGCAAUCAAAGAGCAGUUUAUUUGAGCAGGCGUCCUGCUGGAUGUUUCUGUCUUCAGUAAAUAGAAUAAAACGUAUAUAAUUAGCAUAGCGUAGAUAAUCCCGACUUCAUUCAUGUUUAAAAAGUUUGUCCUUUAACUAUCAAUGGCAUUUUAGACCUUUGUUUUUGAAACAGCAAAGCUUUUGGGAGUAUAUUUAGCACAUAUGACAAAUGUUGCACUCGGAAACUCAGACAACAAAACUGGUUUCUCACGACAAAUUUGUUGUCGCAGUAGGGGACAAUCGUCUGUGUCUCUUACAAUCAGGUCUUUACCUUAACUCUGCAACCGAAUACUUGAAGUAGGAUAUAAACUAGGGGGAAAAUAGGGUCACAGAUACAAACCUGUAGAGUUAGAUAUUUAUAUGUAUGUGCCAAUUUUGUCACAGAUAUUAUUUCAGGGGCAUUUUUGCUCCACUCAUGUUGGUAUGAGUAUUGAUCUAAACCUUUAUCAGGGCCUAAAAUUUAGCCCCUAAAGAGGAAAAAAUUGUCUAACAUCGAUUUUUUUCUUUCUCGCUUUUUUUUUUUUUUUCCCUUCUUUUCAUUUCAUGUGAUAUUCUAUGAUGUUUGGAGAAAAUCUUUUCAUAUCGUAAAAUAGAAUCUCGGGGUUUACAAUAAACACUGUGAUGUUGGGGAAUAUUUUAUUUGAGCAAUGCUUGGUAGAUUUUUUUUUUUGUCCCCGCUCUGAGUGUAAUGAAGCAAACCAACUUUUGCCUAACAUUUAAGAUAAUGGUUAUUAUUUUGAUGUGAGACCAGUCUCGUACUGCGCAUUCUUUCUUUCAUUUAAAUGUACAGUAUGAAUUUUGUAUUUAAUGACUUUUUGUGUAUCCAGUAUGCACGUACCUGCACAUUGACUUUCAUUUGAAAGUGGGUUUCAAUUUACUUUUUAAACAGUGUUUAUGAAAAGACCUCAGAUGUGUUGACACAAACUAUAUCCGCAAAGUUUCUUUUGUGUGUGUAGGGUGACAUUUGAAUGUGAUGUUCUGCAGCAAUGGGUCAGUAUCCCCUAUUUACCUUAGAUCCUCAUUUGAUAGUGCUUCUUGUAAUAAUUUUUUUCAAGUGAGUGGCAUGUUCUGGAUUGUGAUAUUGAUAUAUGGUUAAGGACAUUGAUAUGAAACUAAGGAAUUCCUAGAAAUUACCAGUGGGCAUGUAUUAGACAGUCAUUGUAAUUUAAUGUCUUGUAGAAGUGUAAAGUACCAAGGUAUUUAGAGUUCAUAACAUUGUUAUCAUGUGUAUGGAAAGUAUUUAGUGUUGAUCAACUUGUUUAUUUUCAUCAAAUAAACUUUGUUUCUUUCUGAAA